AUGGUUAAUACUAUAACCCCCUCGGUGGUCGAGAUCAAGGUCGAUGAAGGAGUUAAGAAAGAGGUCCAGGCCAGACCAGUUAAGCCAGAUGAAUCAGCAUUUAAAGCAAAAUUGGCUCAAGCAGAGAAGGAUCAUAAACAAAGUCAGGAAAAAGCUGCUGCCGCAAAAGCAAAGUUGGAUGUUGCCCAACCAAAUAAGAAUAAGGAUUCCCCAGCUGCGAAGCACAGAAGCGAAUUGAUCAGUCAGUUAAAAGAAAUCAAAGAAAUUCAAGGUGCUGGGAAGGCUGGCCGUUCACAAGUCUUUGACCAAAUCAAGAAGUGGGAUGAGCAGGUCAAGAUCAAGAUCAAUGAUCAGAAGCUUGCCAAGAGUAAGAUUGGAUACAAGAAUGUCGAUGAGCUGGAUAGGGAAAUAGAUAGACUACAACAGCAAGUCGAAUCUGGUCAGAUGAAGAUCGUCGAUGAGAAAAAGGCACUCGAAGAUAUAUCUAAGCUCCGCAAGCAUCGCAAGAGUUUUGCUGGCAUUGACGACACGGAAAAAUCAAUUGAAGAAUUGAAGGCCAAGAGAAAGGCUCUUCAAGACAAGCUUGAUGACCCAGAGAGCAAGGCGCUUUCUGAAAAAUACUCCAAGAUUCAAGCCGAAUUAGAUGUCCUAAAAGCCGAGCAAGAUGAUGCUUUCAAGAACUUCAGCACUCUCAAGGCCGAGAAGGAUAAAGUCCAGGCCGAGCAACAGGAGAAAUGGCUAGCCCUGCGAAAAAUCAAGGACGAGCAUUACCAAGCUGUCCGAGCUGCCAACCAAUUUGAUUUCAUUCAACGCCAAAAGGCUCGCGAGAGACAAAAGGCCGAGUACGAGAAGCAACAGAAUGACCGUAAGAAGGAACGCGCCCAAAAGAUGCUAGAGGAGGCCAGCGACCCUGCCUUCCUUGACGAGCUUAGAAACGCCGAAUCCGUCCUCCGAUAUCUCGACCCAAACUUCACCACCAUCAAGGCACCGUUACAAGCUCCUUCUGGGCUUGAAGCCUCCGCUGGACGUACCGUAGAUGAUUCCGGGCUCAAGGGUACUAGAGUCAUGAAGAAGGAAACCCUCGAGGAAGAUUACUUCAAGGGAACCGGUGGAAAGAAGGGAAAGAAGGGUAACAAGAGAGCCGCGGCCAGUGGAUCACCUGCUUCGACUCCACCAGCUUCAACAAAAUACAGUUGCCCACCAGCUGUCAUGGAGGAUCUUGCUAAGAUGGGAAUUGACCCACCUUUUAGCGCUGCUGAUGUCCCAGCUGUUACCGAAAAGGUUCGGUCUAAAUUGAACCACUGGAAGGAGGAACAAGUAGCACAAACCAAGCGUAACAUCGAUAAAGCUCAGAAGGAACUGGAGAGACUCGAGGCAGAGGAGCAAUCAGGAACCACGAUACCAGCCACAGAAGCCCCAGCAACCAACGGACAUGGCGAGACUAAGGCCACCGCUGGCGCAGACGAAGCUACAUCCCCUGCAGUGGAUGUCGAAUUGAUCAAGGAGGUUGUUAAGGAUGCAUCAGUUGAAUUGACUGGUGCCGCCAAGGAGGAUGCUGAGCAGACUUCUUAG